CUUCAAGAGCACACUGAUCACUUGUCCCCCCUAUAAUCAUAAUCAGAAAUCACUUUUAUAUUUUACUAAUCCAAAUUAGAUGUUUGACUAACAAACCCCAAACAGGGUCUUGUUUUUCUUUAAUAUUGCUGUGAUUUUCUGAUUAUCUGUCACCCUCGGACCACAUUUAGACAUCCCUAUAGUGAGUUAAGAAAAUCACUAAACAAAUAAAAAGAGAGAAAUUUGAAGAAACAGCAAAGAAAGCUUGAAAAUUUCUGAUGCUUGUGUUUUACUGUAUGUGAAGGAAGGAAGGGCAUUUGCCUCAAUACCUACCACUGACAACUCCACCCCUUCUUCUCUUAUUAACCCCACCACCACCUCCAUUUGCUCCUCCCAGAAUUACAUGUGCCUCUCUCUCCUCUCUUCUCCAUUCUCCUUGGACUCUGCACAAACACACAUACAUUAGGCUCUGUGCUUUGUGAGUUUCUCAAUAACAGAGACAGUGUUGUGCGGUCUGUCUGAGCUUUGAUUCAGGUACCCAUUUGCCCAAUUGGGAAAACCCAGAAAGCUGAGCCCAAGAUAUCACAUUUUGUCUUUUGGAGAUUUUUGGCAAUGGGGUUGAUUUGGGUGUGUGGAAAGUGCCUCAUUUCCAAGUUGGGUUCUUUCUGGGUUCUUUCAGUGAAAGAGAUCUAGGGGUUUGAUUUUGGUUCUUACCUGUGGAGGAGGCUGAGGAGAGCUUUCAGUUUCAGUUUAAGGAAAGGGAGCUUUAUAUCGGCAAAGAAAUGGCAUCUGAUCUUAAUGCUGAACUGGCCAAGAAGACAUUUGUUUUUGGCUUAAAAGUUUGGGUAUUAACAGGGAUCCUUGUGGGAGUAUUUAUUGUGAUGAUUCUACUGGUGCUAUCAAUUUGUCUUACUUCACGAAAGAAAUCCAGAAAGUCGAAUGACAUGCUUCCUCUUAACCAAAUUCCAAAUGUUUCAAGGGAAAUCAAAGAGAUUAGGGUCGAUCAAGCUUCAGCGAAUAACCACCGUGGUGCUUUCCUCACCCUUAAUGAGAAAUUCAGUGACAGAGAAUCAGAGAAAGUUUUGAUUCAUAAAAAUGGAGAUAGUAGCAGUCGAUCAGGCUCAUUUAACAAAACAGAGAAGGAAAAUGUUGGCUCUCAAUCUGGAGAUGAGAGUGGUGCAGGGUCAGUUUAUGCGCAGAAGCCAUCUUCACAUCCUAUAACUGCCCCUUCACCUCUUUGUGGUCUACCCGAGUUCUCUCACCUUGGUUGGGGUCACUGGUUUACACUAAGGGAUCUUGAAUUUGCAACAAACCGGUUUUCGAAGGAAAAUGUCAUUGGUGAGGGUGGAUAUGGAGUUGUUUAUCGCGGUAAUCUGAUUAAUGGAACUCCUGUGGCUGUGAAGAAGCUACUCAACAACCUAGGACAAGCAGAGAAGGAAUUUAGAGUGGAAGUUGAGGCUAUUGGGCAUGUGAGACACAAAAACUUGGUUCGCCUUCUGGGAUACUGCAUCGAAGGCACCCAUAGGAUGCUGGUUUAUGAGUAUGUCAACAAUGGAAAUUUGGAGCAAUGGCUUCAUGGAGCUAUGCGACAUCAUGGAUAUCUAACAUGGGAGGCGCGCAUGAAAGUUCUCCUUGGCACUGCUAAAGCGCUGGCUUAUUUGCAUGAGGCCAUUGAGCCAAAAGUAGUGCAUCGAGAUAUCAAAUCAAGUAAUAUCUUGCUUGAUGAUGACUUCAAUGCUAAGAUAUCUGACUUUGGUCUGGCAAAGAUGCUAAUGGCUGGAAAGAGCCAUAUCACGACUAGAGUUAUGGGUACCUUCGGAUAUGUGGCCCCCGAAUAUGCCAAUUCUGGCCUUUUAAAUGAGAAGAGUGACGUUUAUAGCUUUGGGGUUGUGAUUUUGGAAGCAAUUACUGGAAGAGAUCCAGUGGAUUAUGGUCGGCAAGCACAAGAGGUAAAUUUGGUAGACUGGCUCAAGAUGAUGGUUGGAAGUCGGCGUUCAGAGGAGGUGGUGGAUCCAAAUAUUGAGACCAGGCCAUCGACAAGCGCCCUUAAACGAGCCCUCUUGACUGCAUUGAGGUGUGUAGAUCCUGAUUCUGAUAAAAGACCAAAGAUGGGUCAAGUUGUUCGCAUGCUUGAAUCCGAGGAAUAUCCUGUACUUCGAGAGGAUCGAAGACGCCGAAAGAGUCAAGCAAGCAAUGUGGAGGGCGAGUCUCAGAAAGAGAAUUCUGAUACAGACAGGAGUGACAAUCCAGAUACAAGGGCCGACACCAAAAAAAACAAUCGAACAUAGGCAAUUGGACAAAUCAAUGAUAAAUCACAGGGGAGUACAAGCAAACAUGUUACGUUCUUGUCGAGCAUUCAUACUCUUGGACCUGCCUGAGAUGAGGGAAAUGAAGCAGAAAGAGGAAUUUUUUUUCCCUAUUAAAUAUAUAAACCUACUUAUAGAUAUUGGAGAGAUGAUGAUUGUGUAUCGAGUUGCGAUAGAAGGGACAUCUUGGCUACUCGGGGUGUACAGUUCGGAUUUUUCUUUGUUUUUGCUCUCAGGUGAUUGUAGUUCAUGAGAUAUUUGUAUGUUUUGCCCUUUGUUGAAGGAAAAGAUUUGGAGACAAAGUUU